AUGGAACCUUUGGCCGAUAAUGCAAAGAUUACAACAUACAAGGAUCUGAACUAUAACUCAGAGGAGGAAGUUGAAGAUGAGGCUAGAAACGACGACAUAGUGGCGAAAAAUGUAGUUAGGAGAGGCAUAAUCGGGCUACAUAAGUUUCGCAGAAAUUCAAAAGUCUGUAAUGGGUAUAAAUACACUGGAACAACAAUAAAACACGUCUCCAAGUUCAGAGUCCAAUUGCAACAGAAUGUGUCUCCAAUAGUAACGUCAAAAGAUAUGAUGUGUAAACUAUGGCACAACAUUAUAACACAAAUGAUUGCUGUUGGUAAGGUAACACCACCAUCUACCAUACCAAAGGAUAGUGAGAAAACAACUGGACCUAAAUUACCAAUUAAACGCAAAUUUGUCAGUUCUGCUUCGGUGCUAAAACAAGCCAUGCCCAAUAAGAAGAUUCAAAAGAAUUUACAGUUAUGA